AUGACUACCGCCGCACCUAUUCACAAUAUACCUGCCCACAACCUCUCACAUUCGUCAAGAAUUGAAGUUGCUGGUCAAGUAAAUAUUAAAGACAGUAGCUUUGUUCCUCGUGGGGACACAACUGUUACCGUCAACUACUUCAGGCCACCAGAAGAUGGCUCCGUACCCUUCCAGUACGUCGAAGCCCCACCUCCAGGCCAACCGGACCGUAAUUUCGGUGAUUUUGACGUCCAAAUUCCCAUCAUCGAUAUCCGCGGUAAAGAAGCCCAAUAUAAUCUCGACAAGGAUGCAUUCGAAGUGAUUCUCGGAGUCCCAGAGUCUGCGGAAAAAGAAUUCCGGGAUGAUGAAUCGAUAAAACAAAACUAUUAUCCCGAAGUCGAGAAAUUGGUCUUAGAUAAUGUGCCAGGCUCGAAUAAGGUGUUUAUCUUCGAUCAUACGGUUCGUCGUUCGGAUCCUAAUGCUCAUCGCCGUCCAGUGGCAAGAGUGCAUAUCGAUCAGACUGUGAAAUCGGCCAAACAACGUGUACAACGUCAUUUGCCAGAAGAAGCAGAGAAACUCCUUCAAGGUCGAUAUAGAAUCAUAAAUGUGUGGCGUCCAAUCAAUGGUGUGGUUCAGGGUAACCCACUUGCAUUUGCCAGUUCCGCAAGCACGAGUGACGAAGAUGUUAUCCCUGUGGAACAUAGAUAUCCUACUACAACGGGUGAAACGGCUGGUAUUAGAUAUAAUGAGGGACAGAAAUGGCAUUACUUGUCCGGAAUGAAAAACGAAGAGAGGUUAUUGCUAGAGUGUUUCGAUAGUGAGUCUCUGAAGCCUGGUACUAAGGUUCAGGGUGGUAGGGUUCCACAUACUGCUUUUGUUGAUCCUAGAACGCCGGAGGGUGCAAAGGGUAGAGAGAGUAUCGAGGUUAGAUGUUUGGUUUUUGGCCCUUAG